AAAACUUUCCCCUCAAUUUCUCUCUAUAAAUACCCUCUAAUCUCCCCAUCAAAAACUCCACCCUCAAAAAAAUUCUCACACACAAAAAAUGGAUCUUCUUCUCUUCCAAAAAACUCUCUACGCAAUCUUCUUCGCCAUUACACUAGCAAUAGUAAUCUCAAAAUUAAAAGGCAAGAAAUUCAAACUCCCACCUGGUCCAAUCCCAGUACCCAUCUUCGGAAAUUGGUUACAAGUUGGUGAUGAUUUAAACCACAGAAAUUUAACUGAUCUCGCCAAAAAAUUUGGUGAAAUGUUUCUUUUAAGAAUGGGUCAAAGAAAUCUUGUUGUUGUUUCUUCUCCUGAAUUAGCCAAAGAUGUUCUUCACACUCAAGGUGUUGAAUUUGGUUCUAGAACUCGUAAUGUUGUGUUUGAUAUUUUUACUGGUAAAGGUCAAGAUAUGGUGUUUACUGUAUAUGGUGAACAUUGGAGAAAAAUGAGAAGAAUAAUGACUGUUCCAUUUUUUACCAAUAAAGUUGUUCAACAGUAUAGAUUUGGUUGGGAAGAUGAAGCUGAAGCUGUUGUAAAUGAUGUUAAAAAAAAUCCAGAAUCGGCGAAAAAUGGGAUUGUUUUAAGGAAGAGAUUGCAACUUAUGAUGUAUAAUAAUAUGUAUAGGAUUAUGUUUGAUCGGAGAUUUGAGAGUGAAGAUGAUCCUUUGUUUAAUAAAUUGAAAGCAUUGAAUGGUGAAAGAAGUCGUUUGGCGCAGAGUUUUGAGUAUAAUUAUGGUGAUUUUAUACCUGUUUUAAGACCUUUUCUUAGAGGGUAUUUGAACUUGUGUAAGCAAGUUAAGGAGAAGAGGUUGCAGCUUUUUAAGGAUUACUUUGUUGAUGAACGCAAGAAAUUAGCAAGCACAAAGGCACCAAGCAACAAUGAGCUUAAAUGUGCCAUUGAUCACAUUUUGGAGGCACAAGAAAAGGGAGAAAUUAAUGAAGACAAUGUACUCUACAUAGUUGAGAACAUCAAUGUUGCUGCUAUUGAGACAACGUUGUGGUCGAUCGAAUGGGGAAUAGCAGAGUUAGUAAACCACCCAGAGAUCCAGAAUAAGCUAAGGGAAGAAAUAGACACAGUGUUGGGCAAGGGACACCAGAUCACAGAGCCAGACACUCAAAAACUACCAUACCUACAAGCAGUGAUUAAGGAGACUCUAAGGCUACGAAUGGCGAUCCCACUCCUAGUGCCACACAUGAACUUGCAUAACGCGAAGUUGGGAGGCUAUGACAUCCCUGCAGAGAGCAAGAUCCUAGUGAACGCGUGGUGGUUAGCUAACAACCCAGCUCACUGGAAGAAUCCUGAAGAAUUCAGACCCGAGAGAUUCUUAGAGGAGGAAUCUAAGGUUGAAGCUAAUGGCAACGACUUCAGGUUCCUUCCUUUCGGCGUAGGCAGAAGGAGUUGCCCCGGCAUCAUCCUUGCUCUCCCUAUUCUCGGGAUCACUAUUGGGCGUUUGGUUCAAAACUUCGAGCUCAUGCCACCUCCUGGGCAGUCCAAGCUUGACACUACUGAGAAAGGUGGUCAAUUUAGCUUGCACAUCCUUAAACACUCUACUAUAGUACUUAAGCCCAGGAACUAAACAACCAACUACUACUAAUUAAUAAUCUUUUUUGCUCUCAUCUUUUCUUCUUGUGUUAAAAAACGGUUGAAGCAACUCUUACACUUUGUAUCAAUUUCUUAUUUGAUUUUGUCACACUUGUUUUUGCUUAUUAGUGAAGUGUUAUUUUAGAGUUGCACCUGUUAUUACUAUAUUUAUUUGGGUUACAGAUUAUGUACUUUGACAAGAAUUUUCAAGCAUAAGCGUUGUAAUUUUAUUCGCUUGUAUAUCUUUAUCAAGACUUUCCUAAUAAUAUUCUCCACUUCUAGUCU